GGAUUCCAUUCUCACUAAUACUCUGCACGCUGCUGAGGGGAGGAGCUCAGAGGGGUGUUGGUGUUGGUGGGUGUUGUGCUGAGCCUACACCCACCAUGAACACUUCGAUGCCACGGCCACUCAGGUGGGCUGAGCACAGACAAACCAAACCAUGGGCACUCAGGUGGGCUUAGCAUGGACAGAGCACGGGCUCUGACGUGGUUGCCCAUGGACAGAGCACGGGCUCUGACGUGGUUGCCCAUGGACAGAGCACGGGCAAUGACGUGGUUGCCCAUGGACAGAGCACAGACUCUGACGUGGUUGCCCACGGGCUCUGACGUGGUUGCCCACGGGCUCUGACGUGGUUGCCCACGGAGCCGUUUCCUGCAGGGCGGAGCAGACGAGCCCAUGGCUGGCAGCGGGCAGCUCGAGCGCUGGCUCAAUGAGGCCACUGACCCGAGUGUCUGCGAGGAAAACUGGGAAUGCAUCCAGCGGUUCUGCGAGCAGGUGAACGCUGACACGGAGGGCCCGUUGUCUGCGCUGAGGCUGCUGGCACACAAAAUCCAGUCCCCUCAGGAGGGGGAAGCUCUCCAUGCCCUCACAGUGCUGGAGACCUGUGUGAACAACUGUGGUGGCAGAUUUCACAGUGAAAUGGCAAAAUUCAGGUUUCUGAAUGAGCUGAUUAAAGUGCUUUCCCCAAAGUACUAUGGAAUUUGGUCUUCAGAAAAAGUCAAGUCGAGGGUCACAGAAGUGAUGUUCAGUUGGACAGUCUGGUUUCCUCAGGAAGUCAAAAUCCAGGAUGCUUAUCAGAUGCUGAAGAAACAAGGGAUUGUAAAAGAAGAUCCCAAACUGCCAGAAGACAAAAUUUUACCUCCCCCUUCUCCAAGACCUCAGAAUUCUAUUUUUGACACAGAUGAGGAGAAGUCCAAGCUCCUGGCCAGGCUCCUGAGGAGCAGCCACCCCGAGGACCUGCAGGCUGCCAACCGCCUGAUCCAGAGCGUGCUUAAAGAGGAACAAGAAAAGUCAGCUCAGGUGUCCCGAAGAGUGAACACCAUCAGAGAGGUCUCUGAGAGUGUCAGACAAAUGGAGGAGCUACUGGAGAGCUCCAGGAGACAGGAAUUAUCCCCAGCUGAGCAGGAGACCCUACAGGCUCUGUCCCAGCGCUGUGAGAAGCUCAGGCCGCUGCUGUUCCGCCUGGCCAGGGAGGCAGUGGCUGAUGAGGAGGCUCUAGCCGAGAUCCUGCAGGCCAGUGACCAGCUGUGCCAGGCACUGGGGCAGUGCAGGCAGGCUGUGCCUGUGCCUGUGACCAGCCAGGAGAGAGGGGAUGGAGCAGCUUCAGCUGCCAGCUCUGCCCAUGCAGGUGAGCAGCACCCACAGUGCCAGGACACCCCACAGCGCAUCAAGAGCUACACCCUGAUGGAUUUCUCUGAGCUGGAGCCCCUGACCCAGAGCCCCCAGACCCCCCCGGAGCCCCUGGCAGACACAGCCUCACCCUCCCAACGCCACGGCAGCACAGCCUCCACCUGCCUGCUCGAGGAGGAGUUUCAGUCCUUAGGGCUCAGCAACUCCCCUGUCAUACAGAAACCAGCUCCUGAUUUUGGCCUAGCAGAGCCUGCUGUACACAAUGGAUUUAGGGAAUGUGGAAGUGCUGUUCAAAGCCUGGGACCACAGGAGAGCUGGGAGCUCAGCUGUGCAGGGAACAGUGAAUUCCAGAGUCUGCAUGAACAGCUCUCUCCACUGUCCAGGACUAAGACAUUCUCUUUGGAUUUAUCACCAAUGAAAUCACCCUUUCCAGAUCUUCCAAAUAACUCUGUGGCAGAUCCUGCCCUCCUCAGUCCAGGCUAUGAGCUGAAGCCUACUGCCUCUUUGCAUCCAGCUCCCUGUGAUGCUUCUCUAGAAAACCUUUUUGUGCCUUUAAAUUCAAUCACACCAAGCACUGUCUGUCCACUCACUGUGUAUGACAGGAAUGGUUUCAAGGCCAUGCUGCACUUCUCCAGAGACCCGGCUCCUGGCAGGCCAGACGUGCUGGUGAUGGUUCUGUCCAUGCUGAGCACCUCAGCGCACCCCAUUAAGGACAUAGUGUUCCAGGCUGCAGUCCCAAAGACCAUGCAAAUAAAGUUACAACCAGCCUCCGGUUCUGAGCUGCCAGCCUUCAACCCUCUCCUCCCACCUGCAGUGGUGUCCCAGGUGCUGCUGCUGGCCAACCCACACAAGGAUCCCAUCCGCCUGAGGUACAGCCUGCUGUUCACGCAGGGCUUGCAGCCCUGCAGCGCCGAGGGAGAGGUGUCUGGAUUUCCAGAGCUCUGAAAUCCACCUGGCUCGGACACGGCAGUGGUGCCUUAGCCGCAGGAGGAGCGGGCAGCGGCUGCUUCUGCUGCAGCCUGAGGCUGGAGCCGAGCCUGCGUUACCGGAGCUGCUGGAGAGCACCGCAGCCUCCGUGCUAAACAUGGACACGGCUCCUGCUGCUUCACGGGCCACUUCCCCUUCACUUUUUGAAUAAAAACCC